AUGCUGCCGCUUUUUUCUCGGCGAGACAGUUCGGCUUGUCGGACGUAUUUCGAAUUUGGCGGGGUGAUUAACCGCUUAUCGUCGUUAACUUUUCUCGACGGUCAGAAAUCUGUCUGCCUCGAUCCGGGAGUGGCUCCGACACCCGACAAGUGCGUCGUUUACUCUUUUGGCAAUAACGGCGAAUGGUCGUUUGACGAACAAAUCGAGUUGUAUGGGUGCGACGUGUAUGUUUUCGACCCUUCCGUCUGGCACUGGAAGCGCCGUCAUUCGAAAAAGAUUUUAUUUUACCGUGUGGGUAUCGGAGAAAAGGACGACGAAAGGAACGAAAGAGGUUGGAGGAUCAUGACCCUAACGUCUUUGCGGAAAAUGCUGAAUCACACCGACAUUGUCAUCGACUAUUUGAAGAUGGACAUUGAAGGAGGAGAGUGGCCCGUCCUUGACCGUUGGCUGAUUGAUGGCGACCUGUCUGGCGUUAAGCAGCUUGCGGUGGAGAUUCACUUGGAAAAUCCAGAGACCAUUCCGGGAAAGUAUCAGUUGAUUCAACGGUUGGAAGCGAAUGGGUUCGUUCGCUUCUUUUCUCGCGAGAAUCCUUAUACGACAAAUAGUUAUCUGGACAAGUAUAAUGUGUCGGGUCCCGGUUGUUUAGAGUUGGCGUGGUACAAUGCAAAAUUUGCGCAAUAA